CGUCCUUUCGAGACGGAAGUCAGACGGCGUUCGAGGACACCAAGAGACGCGUCAUGUCGGUCAGUAACAGGACUGGGAAGACAGCGGCUGGUUCUGGGCUAUGGAACUACGCCAGACAGCCCCAGUACAGCAAAGAGACACAGGAGCUGAUGAAACUGAUGAUGCAGGAAUCCAGACUGACCAGCUUUCAGCAGAGACAGCUUAACAUCAGGAUGAAAAAGGGGGACAGUCUCCCAUUGAAGUGUAACCCCACCUCCAGCGAUGAUCAGAAAGCCCCGCCCCCUGCCCCUGCACCAAUCAAAACCCUUGGAGUGUCUGGCAAACCCCAGCUGCGCAGCGCCGAGCUGUGCCGUUCCGGAAACGCCUACGAGAGAGAAAAGUUCUGCCCCAGACCCAUUCGAGACCAGGAGAAAGAGAAGAGGCGCUUACAGAACCUGCUGGCCACGGGACAGGACGCCCCUGAAAACAAACCCCGAAAACGCAGCGCCCCGACAGAUCCGGAGCCGGAGAGAGACCGCUUCCAGGAGGUGCUGGAUGAGAUCAGCGAGAGGCAGCAGUUUCUGGAGGACAUGGCAGCUCUGGGGAGAGGGAGACAGUACGAGGCUCUCAUCAGCACUGAGAUCUCACAGAAAAUCCGAGAGCUGGAGAUCAUCGAUAAAGAAAGGAGCUUGGAGCUGAGGAAGAUGAUGGAGAGAAAACAGGAAGAAGAAGAAGCAGAAAAGAAGUGAUCUGAAUGUGUAGAUUUCCCUGUGAACUGUCCUGCACUCCACUGAAUACUCAAAGAGCACAAUCCAGUGCACUGGUGGUGUAGUGACUGUGCAGGGUGUGGUCUGGCUCCACUGUGAAGUGCUGAACGCUCUCCACUCCAGUUACACUCUUCACUUUUUAAAAAUACAGCCUUUGCAGCUCAAGGGGGUUUCGUUCAACCUCUUUAAGUUGACGAGUAACAUCGAUUAUUUUUCUGUUGUUGUUGUAAACCUGUUUUAACACUUUACUGCCUUGGCUAUGUUCCCCUGCCUAUUUAAUGCCUACAGCUGAACACAUUUUGCUUCAUAAAGUCAAAUGAAACCUGCUGAAUAAUGUUACGUUAACAUAUUGAAUUACACACCAGCGCUUUGUAAUUUUCCAGAUACUUAAAGAACACAUUGAAAAAUGUGACCUUUCGAAAUCUAACAUGAAAUACUACUGGACUACUAUUAUGGCUUCCGGUAGACUUUUUUGUUUGCAAUAUAAUUUUGUAGUUUCUUUGAUUACAUCAUGAUGUUAAAUAAAAUAUCAACAAGAUUCCAGUUCCAUUAGAGAGAGAGAUAGAUCACCUAGGAGCUGGUUUAUGAAGGGAAGUCCUGCGUGUUCGAAAGUUUUGGGUGUCUGGUGAACAGUUUAGCCGCCUAGUCUGAUAGUUAGGCUCUACGUUUGAGCUUGGUUUUUGUUUUGUUUUGAGAAAAUAAAAAGUGCACAAAAGUC